AUGUCGUCAUUUGCAGAGCUUCCCGACGAGAUCGUAACUCACAUCCUCAACUACCUAGCGCCCGAGGUAACACUGACCGUCAUACCUCGUCUCUCGAAACGAUUCCACCGCAUCACCGACACUCCCUUGCUAUGGAAGUUUUACUGCGAGAACAGCUUCAGGUACUGGCAACCCGACCACAACAUCAAGCACAAAUUGCGCAAUAAAGUAUCCGACGUCGACUGGAGGGCCCUGUUCGCACUUCGCCAUCGCCGCAAUCGCCGCAUCGCUCACCUCUUGGACGACAUCGUCGCGUCCCGCGUCUCCAGACUACAGAAGACGGAGGAAAUCUGCCAGUUCGGAUAUGAUGCCAAAGACUUUCUUCUCCGCCAGUGCAAAAUUCACGAAAGCGCCGACGAUGUGCUCGCCCGCCGAUUCUACUCGUGCAACGUGCUCGACAGUAUUCAUCGGAGCGUCGCCAUAGAAGAAUGGGCCAAAUACCCGACACACGCCGCCCGCAUCGACAGUGACAGCAUGACACCUACUGAGCGAUUGCGGUGCGGCAUGAAACUCGAGCGAGCCCUGGGGGCGUUUGACAUGUUCGUGCUUCACGACAACGAAGGUGAUAUGGACGAGAUCUCUGUUAUGCUUGACAAUCUGAUCGACCAGUUCCGCGCCCGCCACAGUACCGCCAACAUGACCACUCGUGACAAAGCCCUGGCGCUGGCUGCAUGGCUUCACAACAAUAAUAUUACAGGCAUGGAGAAUGAGCCUGAGACCUUUCGUUACCUGCGCAAUUGUCUUAUCGGCCGAGCACUCAAGGAUGACCGCCAUCCUUCCCUUCCCAUCAUAUCAGCUGCCAUAUUUUCUGCCCUCGCCGAAAGGAUCGGUGUUGAGGCUUACUGCUGCGCGUUACCAAGUCGGGUCCUUGCCGUCGUGCUGGCGCCUGAGGGCUUCACUCUUGACGGCCUACCAGCGGCCGAUGAUGAAACCGAGCGGCACAAGAUGUUCCUUGACACCUACGGCUCCGACAGUGAAGUGCCCUUGGAACAGCUACAUGCAUAUCUCUACCGUCUUGGCGCCCAUCUCGGAAGGGACAGUAUGCUGGUCCCCAAUGCCACCGAGCUUAUAGUGAUGCGCACGGCACAAAACAUUCGAGCGUCUUUUACUAGUUUUCGAACAAUAGAGCGGCCCGUGGCAGAGCUCAUCCCCUUGAUUGAGCUACGCCGGGGGGAUUGGGCUCGCAAUCUGCAGCCCGCUCUAUAUAGCAUGAUCUGGGCAAGUAUAAUGAUGGUGCCUGUGCUGCCGGAGAACGAGGAUGUGCGGUGGGACUGGCAACAGGACGUCAGAGAUCUCAUCAAUUACUUCUAUGAAUAUUUCCCCGAAGACGCCUGGCUCGUCGAAAAAUAUGUCUGUCCCAUGUAUGACACGUUUGCUGCACCUGGCCAGCGACAGAAUGCUUGGGAGUUGCCUUCCAGGCGAGUUAGGGACCAGAUCAAAAAGAUCCGUCAGGUUGACUCGUCUGAACGCGCGCCACGUCGUCGCAGCGAUCUAACGACUGCGUUGCCAGUCAGAUAUCGUAUCGGUCAGGUGUUCAAGCACAAACGGUAUGACUAUCACGGCAUCAUCCUCGGGUGGUCAGUCGAUGGGGUUAGUGAGUCCAUGGGUUGGGAUGGCGACAACCUGGGCUGGACGACCAAGAGGGCGGCUCAAGCGUUCUACCGAUGCAUGGUGGGUACGGACGGGUCAGACCAUCAUGUAAUUGCCGAAGACAACAUGGAAAUUUUGGAUCUCUCAGGAGGUGGCAAGCUGCCAAGAGAGAUCCACGAUCUCGUUCCCAUGGCCGGCAAGUUCUUUCGGCGUUAUGACAAAGAGCAAGGCGCAUUUGUGAGCAACAUGCGGGAGCUGUUUCCGGAGGACUAA